AGACAUCGAAUUUUGAAUUUUGAUUGAUACUAAUAUGAUGGCAUAGGAUCUCAGCUUAUCAAUGUAGUACCCUAAGCUAUGAACUUGCAAUUUUAAACAAUAAUCCUAAAAUCUCAAUUGUAAAUCCUAAAUCAUUCAAAUCAGUCUAAACUUUGAAUGGAGUUUUUGUGUGUAAACUCAUGUGCUUUCUUGUCCAUUAUACUAGAAAUGAGAAUUGAGAUCGUUUCGAUAUGAAAUAUCUUCUUAACAUGACGAUUAUAAGACAGAAAGCAUAUCACACACCAAAAAUUGAGUGCAGCGAAAAUGAAAAAAAAAUAUAUAUAUAGGAAAUGAAUACAUGGAAUAAAAUAAUAGUGAAGAACCAGCUGUGAGCGUGACAAUUGGCACCGGAAAAAUGGAAACAAAAUAAGGGGUGCGACCACCAUGGGACAGUCUUUGGGCAAACGUAGUUCCACCGGCCGGCCGGAGAAUAACUAAUUAAGGCUCUUCAUAAUCAAAAAAAAACUUGCCGCAAGAAUUAUUCGUUGUUGGGAAAAAACCACGAGACAUGAAUUAUAUGCAAAUCCAUUAUAAACGCAUGACGUUUCUGACCAGUCGGCGGCGGCCGGCGGCAACUGAAAAAAAAGCUGGUUGUUCUUUUUAACCGUUUCUUGGCUUAUCCGGCGAUAGAAUUAUUCGGCCGUCCAAAAAAUGCCCGACUCCUACCUUGUCUCAUCAUGUCUCGUACGUGUAUAUAAAUAUAUGGUUUUGUCUUCGGUACAUUCAUCAUCUCAUCUGCUCGCUAAUUAAUUCGCAAUCGAGUACCAUACCAAAGUAGCAAAAACAAUGGCGAAGUCACACAUAUCGCUAGCAAUGAAAUCCGCCGUUGUAGUACUAAUGAUAGCGGCGGCGUAUUUCGUCACCGUUUCCGGGAAAGACGACGACGAUACCAAGUUCUGCGGUUGCGGUUCGGCCAAGGACCAGAAGAACUUCCCUGCCCGCCUCGGCAGUGCUCUCGACGACGUGGUGAAAAAUACGGCGUCUUCUCAGCGCAAAGACCAAGUCUCUGGCGACAUAACCUACACGGCGACGGACCCGAAGAAAGGCGGCACCGGCGCCGCCGCGGUGACCGGGACUUGUUUCGGUGGCGCUGCUCUCGCUAACUGCUCAUCGUGUCUGUCUAAGGCGCGGGGUUUUUUGGAUGGAUGUGGAGUUUUUGCUUGUGGCGGACUUCGGUUUGAAGGCAAGUGCCGCCUUCAGUUCCGCCAGCUCAAAUGAUGCCGGCCGGUGAUCGUUACAGUUUCCGAAUUCCGGCGGGAACCCAAAUACUACUCUUAUAAUAGUUUGUGUGUAACUUUCUAUCAAUCACUCGAUCAAAGUUGUUUGCACUAAUUUCUUCUUCUUCUUCUUUUUCCACUAGUGCACUUUCUAUCAAAUAUCAAUUGUGCCACAUGUAUUAAUGUCCAAUGCUUUGAUAUCCUGCGAUGAAACGUAAUAUAAAAAAUGUUGUUUUUAUUCUAAUUACUAUUAAGUUGUGUUGCUAUCGGGAUGAUAUUGAUAAUGAGUAUAAAAAAAUGUAUACUCUUGCGGGGAGGUUUUGCAACCCCAUUCUCGACCAACGAGAUGUCUAGAUCUGAUUGAAGUCACGAAAAAAAAAACUAGAAACAACAUAUACGCAUAUAGAAAACUUGUUCAUCGUCACAUGUCACACGAUAUGCAACCCUAGCUAAGCUAACCGAUCGACAUUAAUGCAUGAUGGAUACUAAACCAAACUGAAAAUUAGAUCGAAUCGAUAUUGAUUGAAUAUACGGUUCUAUAAUUUUUUUGAAUAUAAAGAAAAAAAUGAAUUGAGCUAAUAUUUGAAUCGAUCGGAUCAAAUGAAAUCAAAUGCACUUUCGAUCGGGUUAUAUCGCUCAAAUUUCCUUUACAACUUCAUGCGGACUAAUUCUAUUAUGGCACGAUCCAACCAUACGAGCUAGAUACAAAUAUCAUUGCGUUACACCUUUAGACGCAACAUAAAACAACAUCAAUUACAUGUACUAUACAUAAGACUCUCUUCACCAUUCCUCCAUCUUAAUUAGGGGCAAGCUACACCAUCAGACUCUCUCUUUACGAGCACUGAGAGCAAGUUUGAGAGUCGUAGGCGCGUGGAAUACACAAAUAUCAUUUGUAAAAAAUUGUAACAAAUCAUUUUUGUUGAAUUUUUUAAAAAACAUAUCCAUUAUUAAUAAAAAGUUUACAAAUGAAUUAAUUUUAUGCCGUACGACGUUUCGGACCAGUCGUUGGGCCGGCGGCAACUGGAAAAAAGCUGGUUGUUACAUAUGCUUAAGCGUUUCUUGGUUUAUCCGGCGACAGAAUGAUUCGGCCGUCCAGAGAUGCUGACUGUUAGCUAGCAUCUGGAGGAAUGCCGCCGGAAAAAUGAGUAAAAGGAAAAACCACUUUGGAGCAAGCGUACGUACUUGGGCGGGCGCAUAUAAUUCCGCCGGUCGGCCGGCCGGAUAUUAACCGGAGUCGGGAAGUGUAUAGCAUCCAUAUAACUUGAGUGUAUAUAGGCUAGAAUCUCUCUGUCGGCCGGCCCUCGUUGAAUCUGUUAAACGGUGGAAGGAUCUAAUCAUAUAUUAUUAAGGCAUAAUUAGCAAUUGCUAAUUGAACUAGAACACGCUGGCAUGCAAUAUAAUUACUCGAUUCGACCAAGUUAAAUAGGGUAAAACUCAAUGUUAACGGGUAUUAAAUCGAAUAGAGAUUUACUCCUUUUUGGAAUUGGAUCGGAUCUCAGACUGCUUUUCACCUGACCUACGUCAUAAAGCAAAACAAUAUUGUUUAAUAUAUCUAAUAAUUUAUGGAUGUCAUUAAUUUUUGUGGAAAUAUAGUUAUGAUAAUAUUAUAUAAUUUAUACAUGUUGUUAUUAGUCUUUAUUUCAAUAUAAUGAUGUUAAGAUU